UAGGAAAAGUCACUUACACUUUUGUCCUGUCAUAUUGAUAUGAAAAAGUUCUGAUUGGUUGCAAGAUACCUGUAGUAGAGUUUAAAUGCUGGCUUCAUCAAACUAAUCUUUAGACAAUUUCACUGAGGAUAACACAUUUUUUCAAACAGCAUUUAAGAUAACAAAUUAAGGUAAACCCAGGAUAUUUUAAAACUACCAGUGCAUUUUAACUGAACAACAGCAAGAAAUUAACUGCAAGAAUGAAGACAGUCAUUGCCAUUGUCUAUCUACUGAGUGUAGUCUACACUGUCCCAAUUUUUCAAAAUAGUGAAAUGAAAGAUAGCCCAGAAAACAACAUCGAACCCAACAGUACAUCGGAAAUGAGUAUUACCACAGAAAACAUGACAUCUGAAGAAAAUACAUCAGAAGAUACGACUUCAGAAGAUGAUACCUCUGAAGACCAGACUUCAGAAGAAAGCAGUUCAUCAGAAUCAUCAGAAGACAAGACUUCUGGAGAAAACAGUUCAUCAGAAGACCAGACAUCUGAAGAAAGCAGUUCAUCAGAAGACAAGACCACCGAUGAAAGUGACAGCAGCUCAGAAGACACGAGAUCUGAUGAAAAUGACAGUAUUGAUACUUCAGAAGACAAGACAUCUGAAGAAGUUGAUGACACCUCAGAAAUGGAGAGUGAUUUAGAUGAAAAGGGGAAUACCAGAGAUGACAGCAGGGACAGUGAAGAUGCUUAUAAAAGGAACAGGAUUAAAAUCUUUGACGUCAACCACAAAAGUGAUGAAGAUGAUGACAGUAGUGAUAGUGAAACUGAUGAAGAUACCAGUGAAGAAGAUAAGAGCAAUGAGAAGGAGCAGGAGCCGGAGGGGAGUGACAGUGAAGAUGAUUAUGAAGACAGUGAGCAUGAACACAGCAAAGAAGAAGGUGGCAGCAGCAACACGGACACGAGACAUUAUAGAAGAGGGGAGCGUUGCAGUGCUGGAAAAGGGGAUGAUGGCUGUGAAGAUUCUAGUGAAGAAUAUGGUUUUCAAGACAUAGGUGACGAUAGCUAUGCGUUUAGCGAGGAACUUCUCAUGCAUGGAGAUGAGCCUGAAGAAUUUCAGUCAUGGUGACCUUAAUAAAAAAAUAAAAAUAAAAAACACUGUAUACAUAUAAUCACCUCAAUUUAUAUUAUGCAGCGCCUAGUGUUCACAUGCUUUAAAAUGGAAUUCAAAUCAUGAUUUUAAAUCAUUAAGGUGGACAUCUGUUAACAUCAGGGUUUCCAGAUGUAAACUACCUUCAGCACAUAUGACAUUGAUCUCAAAACUGGUAAUGGGAUUGACAGAGGAUCUGUUAACCUAUACAAAUAUAUCAUAAGAUAAAAAAACAGAAAGAAACAACCAAUGAACAUCCCACUGAAACAUACUGUACUGGAAAAUAGUGCAUUACUGCCCUUGACUUUUCUGAACUGUUUUUGCCAAACCCAUAUCUAGGAUGACAAAACUUGUGCUGCAAAAAAUAUUUAAUAGCAUCACUAUAAACCAGAAUAUGUAUUGUUUAUCAUGUGAGACCACUGUAUUAGUACUGUAAAACUGUAUAACUGUAAAACAAAACUAACAUUGGAUUCAUACAUGUGUGUAAAACAAACCUGCAGUAUAUUUACAAAAUGUUCUGUACAACCCUUAAGGCAGUUUUACAUGAAUGUUUUUUGUUUAUUUAUUUUUAUAUUUUACAUUGUAUGAACAUAUUUUUAUUUAAAAUAAGCAAGAUGUAUUUAACAACAAAUAAAAAACACAGUGUUAAAAGUUCUGAAUAUUUCCUAAUUAAUAAAUGUCAUUCAUUUUUAAUACUGUAUGCUUUUUUGCAUAGCAAGUGAAGUUUCUUGCGUUCUUAGGUUGUACUUUUUUUUUUAGGGGUAAGCCCUGUGAAAACUAUAUUCAGAAUUCCAGUGAUUAUCCCAAGGUGAUUAUUUCCAAACAUAAUAAACAUUA